CACCAGCAGCGCUAGCGUGAGUUUGAAGCUUCUGAUUGACACAAAAAGCCACAAAGUUCUGUUUGCUGAAGCAAGCAAGGAAGUUGUUGAUUUCCUUUUCAGUUUUCUGUCUUUGCAUGUUGCAACUGUUACUAGGCUCCUCUCAACUGAUGGUAUUGUUGGUUACUUAGGCAACCUUUACCAGAGUGCCGAAAGCCUUAGUGUCAGCUCAUACUUGCCACUCAAUCUGCGGCCAAUAUCCUUCAAUUGCCAUUGCCGACCAACAAUGACUAGAAUCUUUCUAAAUUGUUCUACAUUUGUGUGAGGUGGAGUUAAUAAAAACACAGUCAAGCCCAAAAUUAAGGUCCAGAAAAGGACGCAAGGCAGUUAAUAAAAACAGAGCACAUAUUUUCAUCUUCUCCACUCCAGAGAGCCCUACUCUACGUCUACCGUCUACGCCUAAAAAGCUGCACUUGGGUCUCCUCUUGGCGUGUGCGUUCUGGGUUGGGUUGUAGCAAUGGCUCUGCUUAUUUACUCAUUUUAUUACAGUUCCCUAAUUUCUCUAUAAGGCCUGUUGGUCCCAAUUCCCCUUGUAACUGCAUCAAUGGCAACCAACACUGUAAGCUUGAAGCUCUUGAUUGACACAAAGGGCCACAAGGUUCUGUUUGCUGAAGCAAGCAAGGACUUUGUGGAUUUCCUUUUCACGCCUCUGGCUCUGCCUGUUGGAACUGUGAUUAGGCUCCUCUCUAAGGAUAACAUGGUGGGCAGCUUAGGCAAGCUUUAUGAUAGUCUUGAACUUCUUAAUGACACAUAUAUGUUACCUAAAUCUCAACAAGGACACAUUGCUGAAACCCAAGGCACCAAUUGGUGGUGCUAAUGUUCCUCAUCUGUUGACCAAUGAUGAAUCAUUGGCUAAAAAGGUGUACAUGUGUAGGACCUACCACCUCUUUAUAGCUGACGAUCCUAGAGCCAUUUGCCCAGCGUGCAAAUAUACUCUCUCUACCGAGGUGCCUUAUGUUGCAGCAGCGGCUAUUGCGGAAGGAUCGUCUGGUGGUGGUGGUGGUGGAGGGUAUGUGAAAGAUGUUGUUACAUACAUGAUAAUGGAUAAUUUGGAAGUGAAGCCUAUGUCUACCAUAUCGUGUAUAGCUAUGUUGAACAGGUUCAAUGUUAAGGAGGUUGGUACCCUUGAAGAGAGGAUGGUUCUUCUAGGCAUGGAUGAGGGUCUGAAAUUGCUCAAGGCAUCAUUGGAGUCUAACGCAGUUCUCACCAAUGUCUUCCUUGGGAAGAAAGAGGAGUAAACAUGUCAACUUUAAGCCUGAUCAAUUCUGGAAAUGGAAUUUUGGAGGUUGUUUGACUGUUGUGCGUCUGAGUUCGGACUAGGGAUUCAUAAAGAGUGUCUGACACUAUUAUUUUGGAGGUUUUUUGUGGUAAUCAGUCAGUUGUAAAUUGAUGAAAUCGACGUCACCAUGCUCCUUUUCAGAGGAUAGUUUCUUCUGUUAAGGUAGCUGAACCGACUUUUGCUAGAACUUUUGAGCUUGUGUGACUCCAAGAUGUUUUUGAGACUCAUGUAUUACUCUUUUGCUGUUGAAUGAAUCGUUUUCUUCAUUUU